AUGGACUUCUUUAAUAUUUCAACUCUUCCAGAGGAUUUCGACCCACUCACUCAGAUACUCAAUUACACAUCUGCUUAUGGACCAACAUACCUUACAUUCGCUGAACUGGAUAGUGUUAUGCACACAAAUAUUAGCAACACGAUCAUCUUUGGUGUGAGAAUUGGAGCUGCCACAUUUGCUUCAAUCAUUUUGUUCAUCCUGUCAAAGAAGAAAACCUCUCCUAUUUUCAUCCUCAACCAGCUGUGUCUUUUGCUUGUGAUUAUCCACUCUUGUAUCUACAUUGCUUAUCUGUAUGGAAAUUAUGCUUCAAUUGGGUUUCAGUUUACACAAUUCACCGAUAUUAUCACGAGAAAUGAUAUAAACAUCUCAUCUGCGACCAAUUUGUUCCAGGCUUUUUUAAUCACAUCUAUAGAGGCUUCAAUGGUUUUCCAAGUACGCACACUCUUCCAAACACCAGAAAUGAAGUGGUUUGGAAAUGCCAUCUUUGCUCUCUCGGUUCUAAUAGGCCUCUCCGUUGUGGUACUUACACUUUACGUCACCAUCAACACUGUCAUUGGUGUUUUUGAAUUUACCAGUUAUCAAUCAAGGGCUUUGGAUGUACAACCAAUCCUUUUUGCAGCUUCCAUAAAUUUUAUGAGCGUUCUGCUCAUGUACAAGUUGGUGCUUGCUAUUCGCUCAAGAAGAUACUUAGGGUUGAAACAAUUUGAUGGUUUCCAUAUUUUGCUCAUCAUGUCAACUCAAACGUUACUGGUACCUUCUGCACUGAUGAUUGUAUCAUAUGCGGUAAAUUCGCUUUACAGGAUUUCAUUCACGUCAGUUGCAACUUUGAUAGUUGUGCUCUCACUUCCGUUAUCAUCACUAUGGGCUACAAGCACAACAAGUUCAUCAACACCUUCCUCUGGUUACAACUUUUCUUCACUUUAUGGAAAGACACCUGGUUGUUAUUCAGAUCCUGGUACAGCAUCUACAAAGGUAGAUGAAAUGUCGAGAAGUCAGCAUACACAGUAUGUUGAGAAGUCACUAUAUACCCCAUCAACAUUGGCUGAGGAAGAGGCCAAAAGAUAUUGGAUGUCUGCUGCUACUGCUGGUGAAUAUGCCGAUGAACAGUUCCAAGGGGAGCCUGACUUCGUUUCAAAAACAGUUCACAGAAUCAACAAAUGA